AUGGCCUCGGCUGCUAAUGCGCCCUCCGAGCAGGAAAGCAGAGAGCCCGAUCGGCCGAGGAUUACGCGGAGGAACAGGGGGGACUAUCCCCGCGGCGCACCGCUGGAUCUGGACUAUCUGCAGCGGCCGAGUUACUGCGAUGCGGGCUUUGCUCUGGAGCAAAUAUCGGAGGGGAAGGCGACUGGGAGGAAAGCACCUCUGUGGCUGAGAGCGAAGUUCCAGAGAUUUUUAUUCCGGCUGGGCUGUUACAUACAAAAGAACUGUGGAAAGUUUUUGGUUGUGGGCCUUAUGAUUUUUGGAGCUUUUGCCGUGGGUUUAAGGGCAGCUAAUCUGGAAACGGACGUAGAGAAACUCUGGGUGGAAGUUGGUGGGCGUGUUAACCAGGAACUGAAGUACACACGGCAGAAGAUGGGGGAGGAGGCCAUGUUUAACCCUCAGCUGAUGAUCCAGACGCCGCGGGAGGAGGGAGCCAACAUCCUAACUGUGGAGGCCCUUCUGCAGCACCUGGAGUCAGCUCUCCGAGCCAGCAGAGUUCAUGUUUACCUUUAUAAUAGACAAUGGACAUUGGAACACUUAUGCUACAAAUCAGGAGAAUUAGUCACAGAAACAAAUUAUAUCAUGAAUCAGAUAAUAGAAAAUCUUCAUCCCUGCCUCAUCAUCACCCCUUUGGACUGUUUUUGGGAAGGAGCUAAACUCCACUCUGGAAUGGUCUAUCUCCCAGGUGAGAACCCAAAGCAAUGGACCAAUUUUGACCCAAAGGAGUUCCUCGAAAAGUUACGAAAAGCAAACAUUCCUGUGGAUACCUUUGAGGACAUGUUGGAAAAGGCGGGCGUUGGGCACGGCUACAUGGAUAGACCUUGUCUUAACCCCGCUGACCCCGACUGCCCCAACACUGCACCCAAUAAGAACUCAACUAAGCCUUUCAGUGUGGCGAGGAUUCUGAGUGGUGGUUGCUAUGGCCUGUCCAGGAAGUACAUGCACUGGCAGGAGGAACUCAUUGUGGGGGGCACCAUAAAGAACGGCAGCGGCCCCCUCCUCAGUGCCCAGGCUUUACAGACCAUGUUUCAGCUGAUGACACCAAAGCAGAUGUUCGAUCACUUUCGGGACUGGGAAGAGGUUUCCCACAUCAACUGGAACGAAGAAAAGGCUGCAGCUAUACUAGAAGCCUGGCAGAGGAAAUACUCUGAGGCAGUGCUGCAAAGUGUGGCGGCGAAUUCAUCCCAGAAAGUGUUGUCCUUCACCACCACCACCUUGGAGGACAUUCUCAAGUCUUUUUCUGAAAUCAGUGUUAUCCGUGUGGCCAGUGGAUACCUGCUGAUGCUGGCCUAUGCAUGUCUGACUAUGCUGCGGUGGGACUGUGCCAAGUCCCAGGGUGCCGUGGGGCUAGCUGGCGUCCUGCUGGUAACGCUGUCUGUGGCGGCCGGUCUGGGCCUCUGUUCUCUCCUGGGAAUCUCCUUCAAUGCUGCCACCACGCAGGUUCUCCCCUUUCUUGCUCUGGGAGUUGGUGUGGAUGACGUCUUCCUUCUCGCUCAUGCCUUCAGUGAGACCGGACAGAAUAAGAGGAUCCCAUUCGAGGACCGUACGGGGGAGUGUCUGAAGAGGACAGGGGCCAGCGUGGCUCUCACCUCCAUCAGCAACGUUACGGCCUUCUUCAUGGCUGCCCUCAUUCCUAUCCCAGCGCUUCGAGCUUUCUCUUUGCAGGCCGCAGUGGUAGUUGUGUUUAACUUUGCCAUGGUGCUGCUCAUCUUUCCCGCCAUCCUCAGCAUGGAUCUUUACCGACGAGAAGAAAGGCGUUUUGACAUCUUCUGCUGCUUCUACAGCCCAUGUGCCAAUAGAGUGAUACAGAUCGAGCCUCAGGCGUACCUGGAUGGAGCAGAUGCAGGACGCUACAGCCCUCCGCCGUCGUAUCGCACGUCCCCCCCUUCCUAUCACACCCCUCCCCCAAGCUACAGCAGCCACAGUUUUGCCCAGCAGACCCAAAUCACCAUGCAGUCCACGGUGCAGCUCAGAACGGAGUACGACCCCCGCACCCAAGCUUUCUACACCACAGCCGAGCCCAGGUCACAGAUCUCGGUGCAGCCGAUCAACCCAGUUCCGACAAGAAGCAACCACAGCAGUGACUGUUACAAUAACAACAACAACAUCAGCGGCAGCAGGAACAGUCGUGGCAGCAACGGCACCAGAGGUAACGCCGCCUCCGCCACCUUCGCCCAUCAUUAUCCUGCAGCCACAUCCAGCGGCUGCAUGGUUCCUCCGGGUGACUCAGCCUCGACGACCAGUCAGACGCCAGAGAACAACAGCUCCACGCGGGACCUGCUGUCUCAGGUCGGAGACGCCUCCAUGGGCCUGGGUUGUCUUGAGCCUCCCUGUUCACGUUGGACCUUGGCCUCUUUCGCUGAGAAGCACUAUGCUCCAUUCCUUCUGCGACCCACCACCAAGGUGGUUGUGAUUAUGCUAUUCCUGGGCCUGCUGGGAAUCAGUCUGUACGGGACCACCCAGGUACGGGACGGCCUGGAGCUGACGGACAUCGUCCCCAGAGAGACCAGCGAGUACGACUUCAUCGGCGCUCAGUUCAAGUUCUUCUCCUUCUACAAUAUGUACGUGGUGACGCAGCGGGCGGACUACACCCAGAGCCAGCUUCUCUUACACCAGCUCCACCAGAGGUUCCACAGCGUUCACUACGUGUUGAAAGAGGAUAACGGCACGCUGCCCCGCAUGUGGCUGCACUACUUCAGGGACUGGCUGAACGGACUCCAGAAGGCUUUUGACGAGGACUGGAAGGCCGGCCGGAUCACCGUCAACAGCUACAAGAAUGGUUCUGAUGAUGGCGUCUUGGCUUACAAACUGUUGGUGCAGACAGGACGCAGGGACAAGCCCAUCAACAAGAGCCAGUUGACUCGACAGAGACUCGUGGAUGCUGAUGGGAUCAUCAACCCUGGGGCUUUUUACAUCUACCUAACCGCUUGGGUCAGCAAUGAUCCCGUGGCGUAUGCCGCCUCACAGGCCAACAUCCGUCCACACCCUCCUGAGUGGCUCCACGACCGGACUGACUCCAUGCCAGAGACGCGUCUAAGCAUUCCUGCUGCCGAGCCCAUCGAAUACGCACAGUUCCCCUUCUACCUCAACGGGCUCCGGGAGACCCCACAGUUUGUGGAGGCCAUCGAGAGCGUGCGGGCAAUCUGCAACAACUACAGCCGACAAGGCCUGCCCUCCUACCCCAACGGCUACCCUUUCCUCUUCUGGGAGCAGUAUGUCAGCCUGCGCCACUGGCUUCUCCUUUCCAUUAGUGUUGUACUUGCCUGCACCUUUCUGAUCUGCGCUCUGUUCCUGCUCAACCCGUGGACCGCUGGCAUCAUAGUGCUUGUUCUCUCUCUCAUGACUGUGGAGCUUUUUGGCUUCAUGGGACUAAUGGCAAUCAAGCUGAGUGCGGUCCCUGUCGUUAUUCUCAUCGCCUCAGUGGGUAUUGGAGUGGAGUUUACCGUCCAUGUGGCUCUGGCAUUCCUGACAGCCAUAGGGGAUCGUCACAAACGGGCAGUCUUGGCUCUGGAGCACAUGUUCGCCCCGGUGCUGGAUGGCGCCUUCUCCACGUUACUGGGCGUCUUGAUGCUGGCAGGCUCCGAGUUUGACUUCAUCGUCAGGUAUUUUUUUGCAGUGUUAGCCAUCCUGACAGUUCUUGGAGUACUGAAUGGAUUGGUCCUUCUACCAGUAUUACUUUCAUACUUUGGACCUUAUCCAGAGGUUUCACCAGCUGAUGGCAGUAGUCGGUUACCUACCCCCUGCCCAGAGGCCCCUCCUCGAGUGGUCCAUUUCUCGGUCCGUCCUCACCAGACUUCUGGACCAGCCACAAACUCUGGUGCUGCCACAGACUCAUCAGAUUCAGAGUACAGCUCUAAUGCCACAGUGUCUGGAAUAAGCCAAGAGGUGCAGAACUACAACCGCUGCAUGCACAGUGGACAAACUCAAAGAGAGGAGCAGCACUAUGACCACUGGACCAGCAGGGGUAGAGUGGCCCGGACAGAGGAGGAGAGGAGAACGGGGUCAGGACAACGGCCUUCACCCAGACAGCAGCCUGACCCCCCUGCCUAUAAUAUGCCUUCAUUUGUUCCCUCUCAGGGUUGUGAUUCUGGGCUCCAACAUGGCAUUACUCAGCGAAACUGCAGCAGGGACCCAAGGGGCCAGCAGCACUGGCAGGCCUCGCCCCCGGCCCAUCCGCGCAUGGACGCUUUUGAAACUGCUACUGAGGCUGGGGGCCAUCAUGGCUCUCGCAGCUACAGAGAACACUCAGCUGGCCACAGUAGCUACUCUUACCACAACUCGCAGCCUCAUCAUCACCAACAACAUCAUCACCAUCUCCCGCACCAACACGUCAACAACGCUACUUUUUGUCAGCCCAUCACCACGGUGACGGCAUCAGCAUCAGUCACUGUAGCCGUUCACCCUGCCCCAUUCUCUGCCCAAGGUCCAGUUUCCUCCUUCCCAGAGUACACUGCAACAGACAGUUACUGCCCAUCAGGUCCAAAGGAGCCAGAGCCAGCUUUCCAAGACCCCCAUGUGCCUCUGUACUCCCACACAGGGACUAGAGAGGCCAAGGUGGAGGCCGUGGAGCUCCAGGACUUGGAAUUAGAGGCAGCUGAGAGGAACUGUGGUAGACGAGCUAGCUGAGAUCCAGAGAAGUUAAGCACUUUGGCCAAAGAUGGACUCCCCUGUCUUACUAAGCAGCUGACCCAGCUUGGCACAGCCCCACCUCUGACCCCGUGUAGCGUGAAAGCUUGCCAGUGUGGCCAUAAUGGUGCUCAAUGUUACUGUAACACAGCGGACUAUUGUUUUAGAUAUUUUUAUCUAUAUUUAAAAGAUGUAUACAUAUGUACAUAUAAACAAAUAGUAAGUAUAAUUUUCAGGAGCUAUAAAACUCCUGCUUGUUUAUAGACUGGAGCUGUUUUUGUACAUUUUGUAAGUGUGUGUGUGUGCUCUGAUUACUGUUCACUUAUCUGUGGAUCUGUGCCAAUAGGAAGCUCAAUGUAGGACAAACAUACCUGUCAGCAUUCACAGUUGCUGCUCAGAUUUUAUUUUUAUUUUAAUACUGAUGUACAUUUUAACACUAUGCAAAUCUCUCUUCAAACAGAGCAAGUGAUCUGUCUAGUUAUAUGAAUGUGUGCGCGUAUGAGUGUUGGGUUGUGUCAUGUCAAACGGCUCCAUUUUACCAGAUACAUCCUCAGAUUCAAACUAACAUUUAUGCUCAUUUAAAACAUGAGGGAAACUGUUAGAAUCAUCCGACAAAGCUAUGAUACAUCUGUCUUUGUGUUUUUAAACAUUGUAUAAAGGUACGCUUGUAAAACUAUAAAAAAAUAAUAAUUUUAUCACAAACCUGUGGUAGAUAUGAAAGAAUUACUGUUUUAACGCAACACGCUAUGCGUGCUAUUUAAAAUCAUUUGGUAUGAAGACAUCUGAAGUUUUAUUUUUUUGUUGUUUUUUUUUGUCUUUGUUUUAUUUUUAUUUACAGCCUUGAAACCUGUUUCUGCACUCAGCUUUGUAUCACUGUCUGUUAGGCUGGUUGUAUUUUACUGUAAGAGGUUUUUAUGAUUUUGAAAAACCCUGGCAGGCUCAAACAGGUUCUGAGCAGUCUCAGAACCCACCUCAGAAAUUAACUUUUACCUUUUACGGGGACCUUACUGUUACUGGUUCUGGAACAGGGUCAAAAAAAAAAAAAACGACAGGAAAAAAAAAAGAACGGUGCUACCUCUGCACCUUAUAAAGCGGCUUGGUGUUGUGGAUAAGCUAAAGAUCAGACCGUAUACUGUAUGACCCGAUUCAAAAUGGCACUUGACUGUUUCAUUCACAGGAAUAUAUCUCGCUUGAAGUACAGUAGCUCUUUCUGGCCAUCCAAUAAGCUAGACCAUGCAGCCUGCAAAAGGCUAUGACCAAUAAGGCCUCAUAUCUUGCUUUAUGUGUGUUGUGCUAUUAGUUUUUGUCAUCACACCAUGCCUCUGCCUACAUCUGAGCCCCUCCCCCUUUUUUAAAUUUAAUUUGAUUUUUUACUGACAGUAAAAAAAAGACAACUGGUCCUAGUUUGGCCACAGCUGUCCCCACUGACCUCAGCUCUUAAAAAUCCACCGCAUAAGCCCAUGGCACUAAUUGGACAUCUCCUUUCAGCUGCUAAAUUGCACAAGCCUGAACCUUAUGGGUGGGUUGGUGGGGAGGGGACAUGUUGGGUCAGUUUUGUGUACCCCACCGGCCCCUCUCUUCACCAGCUAUGACCAGUUUAUGCCUGCAGGUGUCAGUUCCAGCAGGCCUACCUGUAACCUUUGGUCUCCAUCUACAACAAUAUUUUCUUACACUUUCAAAAACUUGCAGGUCUUUUUUCUUCCUAUUCAAGCUAUGGUGGUUCAAAAGCUCUACACACCCUGUUAAAAUGACUGUUUUUUCAUAUCUAGAAAAAUAGAUUUCCGCACAACAUAUCCUUUGAAAAUGUCCUCAUAAUGUGGCAUACAUUCUAAACAGUUAAGCUUAACAACAAACUAAUAUGCAUGUAGGUUAAAAAGCACAGUGCAAUAACCUUCCUGGUUAAAACUAUGCUAACUAUUUUUUAACUAUUAUCCAGUACUCUUUGGCAGGAACUUUUUCGCAUCCGCCUAUCUUUACCUAGCCAUUGUUGUGCAUGUAGCACAUAUCACAUCACACAAGUAUUUUUCUCCUUUCUGAUAAUCCUGGAGAUUUUUUUUUUUUUGUCAUUCUGAUCUCUGGCAAGCCAAUUCAAAUACACUUAAUUUCAUUUCAAAAAAUUUAAAUAUGUGGUCGGAUGAAAAAAAAUAAAAUAGAUUCGAUUCAAUCCUCAUCUUUCUAGCAGGUUGAGGGCCAAAAUUGGCCUCUUUAGAAUUUGGAAGGUUAUCUACCUUGGUUUACAAAAAAAAACAAAACAAAGAAAAACCCUCAAAAAUCUAACCCAGGAACAUGA